AGCGAGUGAAAUAUUAACCCGAACCCAAACUUCUGUUUUCCUUAUUUUAUGCCAUUCCCAAACCUCAACUUCAAUAAUGGCGAUCGCAACCCUUCACCGUCUCUCCUCUCACCUCCGCCGCACCACCAUAACUCCUUCAACCAUCUCUCUAUUCACUCGCACAUCCACUAACACAGCAACCUCCACCACCGGCGGUUCAAAAAAAGUCUCAGAUCGAAUCGUCAAACUCUCAGCAAUCGAUUUUGAUGGAAACAAACGCGAAAUCAUCGGACUUACAGGUCAAACCUUACUGAAAGCCCUAACAAACCACGGCUUAAUCGAUCCAGCUUCUCAUCGUUUGGAAGAGAUUGAUGCUUGUUCUGCUGAAUGCGAAGUUCAUAUCGCACAAGAAUGGCUUGAAAAACUUCCUCCUGCUUCGUAUGAUGAACAGUAUGUUCUUCGUAGGAGUCAACGUAACCGUGUUUUGAAUAAGCAUUCUAGGUUGGGUUGUCAGGUUGUUCUUACUCAGGAUCAUCAAGGUAUGGUUGUUGCUCUUCCUGAGCCUAAGCCUUGGGAUACUCCCUAAUUUUAAUCGUUUUUUAGGGUUUGGAAAUGUAAGUUUUUUAAUGUUUAAAUAAUGAUGAUGAUCAUUUGCUACAAUUGAGGGAUGCUAUUCUGGAUUAUUGAUGUUAUUGUUGUUGACAAUGAGAAAGCUUUCAAGUUCAGAAUUUUGGAAGUUUCGAUCUCAUAAGAUGGCCUUUUAUUUGGGCAGAACUAUGUUGAAUUAUUUUUAUGUGUUUUGUUUA